AUGAAAAUAGUCGAAAGCAGGUCAUGGGAUCACAAACUCCAGAGGAUCAGCGCCGAAGUCCAGAUGAAUCAUCGGCGGGCGCUGCAAUUACUACCACCAACCCUCCCAAACCAGCCGCAGCGAGUGGACUGCUUCAAGGUGUACUAGAAGGACAGGAUGAAGAUGGCAAGGACGACGAUGAUAACAAAGACAGAACUGACCUGAAGCUCAACGGUGUGGCCACGAACGGCCAGAAGAAGAAGAGGAAGAGAAACAAGAAGAAGAAGGCACCUGCUGCUCAGCAGACAAGCCCUCCACGUGUCACGCUUGAAGACAUCUUCAGAAAACAGCCAUACCCAGAAGGCCAGAUUAUGGACUACAUUGACCGAAACGAGAACCUCCAGCGCACGGCCGAUGAGGAACUUCGCCACUUGGCUGUUGUGGACAACAUGGACGAUCAGUUCCUCAACGACUACCGCAAAGCCGCCGAAGUCCAUCGUCAAGUCCGUCAGUACGUGCAAACCAUCGCGAAACCUGGAAUCACCAUGAGCCAGCUCGCCGACGAGAUCGAAGACGGUGUACGUGCCCUAGUCGAUCACCAAGCUAUUGAGACUGGAGAUGCUCUCAAAGCUGGUAUGGGAUUCCCGACUGGACUAUGCUUGAACAACGUCGCUGCUCAUUGGACACCCAAUCCUGGUGUCAAAGACGUUGUACUUCAGUACGACGAUGUGCUGAGUGUGGAUUUCGGUGUACAUGUUAAUGGCAGGAUCGUUGACAGCGCGUUCACUAUCGCUCACAAUCCCAUCUAUGACAACCUGCUCGAAGGAGUUAAGGCUGCUACCAAUACCGGGUUGAAGGAAGCCGGCAUCGACGCACGCAUGGACCAUAUCAGCGCCUGCAUUCAAGAAGUCAUGGAAAGCUACGAAGUUACUUUGAAUGGCAAAACCAUUCCCAUAAAAGCCAUCAACAACAUCACCGGCCAUAACAUCCUUCGCUACAAAAUCCACGGCGAAAAGCAAGUCCCCUUCGUUAGAACUCGAACAAACCAGCGCAUGGAAGAAGGCGACGUCUUCGCAAUCGAGACCUUUGGCAGCACCGGCCGCGGCUCCAUCAGAGACGACGUGGGCGUCUACGGCUACGGACGUAACGAGAGCAGCAGCGCUCGCGGCUUGCACCAUGCAUCUGCGAAGAACCUCCUGAAGUUGAUAGGAGAGAAUUUCGGGACUUUGGUAUUUUCGCGCAGGUACCUUGAGCGUCUGGGUGCGAAGAACUAUCAUCUGGGGAUGAAGACGCUGGUUGCAGCUGGGAUUGUGGACCAGUAUGGACCGCUGGUUGAUGUGCCGGGGAGUUAUGUGGCGCAAUUUGAACAUACUGUUCUACUGAGGCCUAAUUCCAAGGAGGUCAUCUCGCGCGGAGAUGACUACUGAGGAUAAAUUACAGAUCUAGAGACAAGGAGAGGAGGUAAUAUCACUUUUCAUCGUGUGCGGAAUUCAACAACCGCACAGAAUACCUUGUUAUGGCAUUCAACAGGCCUCGUUUUACGCUUGUGGCACAUUGUGGCCGGCUUCAACAGCUCAAAGCAGUUCAACGUCCUUGAUAUCCUUCUGUCUUUCGAUCAUGAUCGAAUAUGCGAUGCGAUGAUUUCCAAAUCCAACUUUCCUACACACAUCGUACACUGUGGGAGAGAGUCAACAACUGUCAUGGGCUAUCAUCCAUACGCUAGUUCAGCUCGCAUGUUCCUAGCUUAGCUAAUAUCUACAAAUAUGCCUCGUCGCCUACAGCAAGCAUACCGAGACCUCGGCGAGGUGGCUCGAUGCAUGGUACAACAU